GAGGCCUUGGAUAUCGCAAGUAAAGUGGAGAGUGUGUUUCAACAAAAUUCAUGCAGCAAACCAUUAGUGCCCUCGCAGCUAACGAAACAUCGAGAAGUACAAUUGCCUGAUGGUAAGGAUUUCUCUUAACUCUUAAGCGGUUGCAUGUGAGACAAAUUUGUGGGAUAGUUUAAAGGUGAUCUACAGUCCGAUCUGCGCAUGUGCACAAAUGAGCCCACUUUUUAUGAUACAAACAGUUUAACUAUGUUUUGAGUUCUUGAAAAGCCUGAUUGUUGUUUCUUGAUCAUUUAUUAUACUCUAGAAGCUUGAAAAUAUAAAUAGUUGUCGAAUAAAGCUCAAUAUUUUGGACACAAAAAUGUAAACAAAGGCUUUGUUUACAUACGGACUGUAGAUCACCUUUAAUCAUGGUGCUGUAUUAUAAGAUAAUAAUAUUGUUAGUUCAUGCAUGCCUUGUUUAAGUGCAUGUUAUUUUGUUAUCAUUUAGUUUUGUAAUUUUUGUCUUUAUAUAUAUUCAGGGGCAAAUUUACUUUUUGAAGUUGAAAAUGAAGUCCAUAAAAGCUGUUGUUUAGAAAUAUAUUAUCAGGUAAAAUAAAUAUUUUAGAAAUAUUAUUCUUUUAUAAUUUAUUGAUAGAUAGAUUGAUUGAUUCAUAGUCGAGUUAGGUGGUCGAUUGAUUGAUAAAUAGCCUUAUUGUUUUAUGGAUAAUUAACGUAGCUAUAUUUUUUUACGCCAGUGACCUCUCUCUAAUAAUAUAUCUGGAGCAAAAACGUCAGUCAUUUAGUCUAUAAGAAAAGCGAAGCCUGCUGGUGGAAUUGACAUCCAAUAGCUAUUUAGAUUGUGAACAAUUUUAAAACCAUUUUGCCCAGCUAAGUCCAGUUUUUUCCAACGGAAUGUAUCGCUAAUCAAGUUAUUAUAGGUCAUAAAACCAUAGCGCUAUUCUUUGAAUCGAAGUCAAAAUACGAAAUUUCGGCCACUCCUUGCAGACCGUGCAGACAAAAACGAUAGAAAGGGACUGAAACUGACGUCCAAUACGCUCCAUCUUUGGCUUCACUUUUUGAACUGGAGUUCUCACUCCAGAUAUAUAGAGAGAGCUCACCGGCUUACUCCACUUGUUCCUUUCAGUGUGAACUACAGACUCUGGAAGGCAAUAUGCUUCUCGAAUUGUUCAGUAAAAUUAUAGCAGAGUCAUGCUUUGAUAUUUUACGUACUAAGGAACAAUUAGGUACGUAAGGUCACUUACUGCAUAGUCAUGUUAGACUUAUGAUUUGAUUUCUUAUUUUCCUGGGCUAUAAGCACAUACCAAUGGACCAUUAUGCAUUUUUCGAUGCUCUUUUGAGCGAUUGUAUACAUUAGUCAACAAUUAUCUAAUUCGUUUUUGUGAACGAUUGCUUAGGUUAUAUAGUUGUGAGCGGUGUUCGAAGAGCUAAUGGUGUACAG